AUGAAAUGAAAAGUGUUUCUUACGAUUACGCCCAACAGCCUACUUGAGCAAUUUGCCAUUCUCCCAUUGAUUCUUAUGAACAUAGGAGAUUUGUACAUCUUAUUCAUAAAUCCAUCUUUGUUUAUGUUGCUAACUCUCAGUUUGGUCCUACUUCUGGUUCAUUUUGUUACUAAAAAGGAAGGAGGAAACUCAGUACCAAAUGCUUGGCAAUCCUUGGUAGAGCUUAUUUAUGAUUUCGUGCCGAACCCGGUAAACGAACAAGUAGGUGGUAUUUUGGAAAAUGUUAAACAAAAGUUUUUCACUCGCAUCUCGGUUACUUUUACUUUUUCAUUAUUUUAUAAUCCCUAGGGUAUGAUACUUUGUAGCUUCACAGUUACAAGUCAUUUUCUCAUUACUUUAGGUCUUUCAUUUUCUAUUUUUAUUGGCAUUACUAUAGUGGGAUUUCAAAAGAGAGCUUUAGUACUCCUUGAGCUAAUCCCUUAUUAUUUUCACGCAUUAAGCUCAGGAAUAUGUUUAUUUGCUAAUAUGUGUGCUAUUUUCGGUCAUAGUUUAGUAAAGAUUUUAAGUGGGUUCGCUUAGACUAUGCUAUGUAUGAAUGAUCUUUUCUAUUUCAUAGGGGAUCCUAGUCCUUUAUUUAUAGUUCUUGCAUUAACCGGUCUGGAAUUAGGUGUAGCUGUAUUACAAGCUCAUGUUUUUACGAUCUCAACCUGUAUUUACUUAAGUAAUGCUAGAAAUCUCCAUCAAGGUGGUAAUCUUUUUAUAAUUGCACAAAAGCGAGGAGCGAAGCAUGCUACUGAGUUUCGAGAUGAAGGAGCGAGGACUUCCCCCCGAUCAAAUUAA